AUGGAACUAAUUGAAUAUGAGAUUUCCAAUCUAAAAUCAAUUUUGGUAAAAACUAAUGACAAUUCAAAAAGAGAUCGUCAACUUACUUUAAAGGAUAAAGAAAAAAUUAUUUGGAGAUUGGUUUACAUAAGUUUAAUGGGAUAUGAAAUCGAUUUUGGAUGGUUUGAAAUUUUAGAGUUGGCCAGUUCAGACAUUUCUGAAUAUAAACAAUGUGGAUAUGUGGCUGCUUCAACAAUUUACAAACAGAAUGUGGAAUUACUUAGAUUAUUAAUCAAUACAAUAAAAAGUGAUUUAAAUAAUUGCUUUGAAGUUUUAAUAAAUAACGAAGAAUUUCUCUAUAAAUCCAGGAAUUUUAGACCUUUUUCAGUAGAAAUAGGGAAAAAUUAUUCGGGUAAAAGUUUUGAUGUAAGGAAGCAAAGAAUCAAGAAUUGUUUACUUGCAUUGAAUUUCAUUGGUAAUGUUCCAACUUUGGACUUCGCGGAUAAUCUUUUUAUUGAUGUGAAGAAAAUUGCGGAGCUACCUCUUGAAAAACAAUUAAACGAUACAAACAUUGUUAGAUCAAAGGCAAUUUGCUGUUUAACAAAGUUAUUCCAAUGUUGUCCUGAUCGACUGAGAGCAUACGAGUGGGGAGAAAGACUUGUAACGUAUUUUCAAUUUGAAAGGAAUUGUGAUUGUCUAAUUUCUCAGUGUAUUUUUAUUAGAAAUAGUUUAAAGUAUUAUCUUGGCAAUGAUUACUUUGAGCCAAAAGAAAAUUCUGAAAGAAACCUAACUGAACAAGAAGCAGAUAAUUCCAAAAUUGACAGUGAAAGAGAAAUCAUGGAUUCAAAUUUUAGUAUUGAACUGAUAAAGAGUUGGGAAUUGAUCGUUCCAACUUUAAUAUUUACAUUAUCAAGAAUCAGAUCAAAUAGGGAAAUUAAACAUUGGAAAUUUCAUAAAAUUCCAUUGUUUUGGCUUCAGGUUAAGUUAAUAGAGAUAUUGCAGUUGCUUCCUCAAGUUAAUAACGAUCGUUUUGUAAAUUACAAAAUGAAUAAGAUAAUGGAAGAAGUUUUUUUUAGUGCAAUCCAAGCAACUAAAUCAAUAAAUGAAUCUAAUUCAAAUAUUAGUUCUACCAGUGAUGAAAUUGAAUUUCAAUGUGUAAUUGGUAUUGCAGUAGAGAUGACGAAAUAUAUCAGCAAGACUAGUAGUAAUCAGGAGUUCCCUGUUAAUAUAGGCCAUUUAAUGGGAACAUUUAUUGAAGGUUUGCUCUAUACCGAAAAUAAAGAUUAUAUUUCUAUUUCUAUUUCACUAAUUUUCGACUUUAAAACGAAUAGAGUAAUCGAAGAAUUAAUAAAAAAGAAUAUGGUCGUGCUGCUGAGAUUUAUAUGUUCUAUUGAUGAAGAUACAACAUUGAAUCUUUUAAAUAUUUUUUCACACAUCUGUAGCAAAAAUAAUUGGAUUUUUAUUACCAAGGAAAUUCUGAAUGGAGUACUUUACAAAUAUAUAUUAAAUACAAAUAAAUUAAAUAAUAAAGAUACUCCUAGCAUACAAAGAUGUUCAAAUGACUAUUUUUAUCCAGGAAAAGCUAAAACACUAUUGGAGGAGAUAAUUUUAUCAGUUUGUUACACAAUAAGAAGAUUUUCAAACAUAAGUGGAGUUUCAUUAAAGACAAUUAAUAUACUUUUUCAACUCCUUGAAAAAUCGAUGUGCGAUCUAAAUCCAGUCUUUGAAAUUACAGAGAAUACCCUUUUUCAGAUAAUAGAUAUUUUAUUUGAUUCUAAAUUGAAAAAUGAACGUCUUGAUAUGAUUGAAAAAACGAAUGAACCUUUAAAGUACGAUUCAAGUAUUCAAAAAUAUGUAACUAUAAAAUCAUACAAAUUAUUGUAUAAAUUGGGUAAAUACAGAAAUAAUUUUAACCCUAAAUCUGGAAUAAGAUGGUUAUGUUUUAUAUUGGGCGAAUAUGGACAGUUAAUAUCAAAUAAAAUAUCUAUCAUUCAGCAAGUUGAAGUAUUAUUAAAUAUUCACGAUGUAUUAACUAUUGAUUCUGAUGAAGAACAAAUUCCAUUAAUAAAAAGUACAAUUUUGCUUUCUUUUACAAAGCUUUACUGCAAUUCAGAUCAUGAUACUCAAAAUCAAAUCUACGAAAUUCUGAAAAUUGGGGUUCGAAAUAGGGGUAAUUCCAUUGAUUCACCCGAGUUUUUGAAUGCAAUUAUUGCAAAUACGCAAUACAGUAUCACUCCAACAAAUGGGAAUUUAACUCCAGUAGAGAGAUUAUCGAAUAAUAAUUCAUGUUUAAGAUAUAGAAACCAAUUGUUGAAUGGAGUAUUUGUUCAAAGGAAAAAUAGCUUUUUAGUAUCUAGCCAGUUAAAUAAAUACGGUGAUGAUGGCUAUUGCAAUAGAAAUACUUGGCUCUCUUUAUGUCUCUUAAACAAAGGAAGUUUAUAUAAUUUUAGCCUAUUAUCUAUUGGCUUUUCAAAUGGAAACUUCAAAUAUUCUUCAGGAGAAUCAACAAUUAUUAUUAAGUUAGAAAACAAGAAGAAAAAUAAAACAUUUAGGGUGGAACGUAUUUCUACUAUUAGUGAAGAGAAAAAAGUUACAAAAAAUUCAAAUUCAUUUUCAAAUAUAUUUGAUUCAACUUGCCAAAAUCUUCAUGUUGAAAUUUCUGGUGAAACGAAUAAUAAAGAUUUGGAUAAUGAAGGAACUUUUGAACAAAGAAUUAAUUUAAUUUGUAAAGGCCCCUACUUGAAUCCUCCAAUGGUUUCGUUAUUGUUAAGAAUUUUCUCGAACUCAAAGGAUGAAGUUUUGGAUUUAAAUGAGAAAAUAGAAGAGAUUGAUACGGAGAAUAAUUAUUCAAAACUGAUAUGUGUAAAUUUCAGGCUUCCAGUGAUACUUUCAAACUUCAUGGCACCUACUAAAAAAAUGGAAAAGAACGAAUUUGAACAUUUCUGGGGAAAACUCACUCAAUCUUCAGUAAAAGGAGUUCUUGCAAUUUCUUAUUUUGAAAUCCCAAUUUAUCUCCAACUGCUUAACUUUUGCAUAUAUAGUACAAUUGAUGAAGUAAACAAUUCAAAUCUUUCAAAUUCAAUGACUUACAGCGGAACAUCCACUUUAUAUUUAUCCAACCGUAAAAGAAUACCUUGUAUGCUCAAAGUAAUGCCUUGUGAGAACACAUACAGUGAAUCCCGUGCGGAAAGUAAAGUACACGAAGACAGAAGCAAUGAAAAAUCGGUCGAAAUUAGAGUAAGGUCAAGCUCGCUGAUUGUUGCAAAAAUAUUAAAGCAAAUAGUAUCAACUUAUAUUAUAGCUAACUCCAAUUAG